UUCUUCCACAAUUAUCCCCUCACCUCCAGAUGGAUUUCAGGUUACUGUCAACCUGGCUUCCGCCCACAACACUCCUCUGAACUGUCUUUGAUAAACUCGACGGCUCAUUUGACAGUGUCCCAGGAUCCGUUUAAAGACAACAUGGGGCGAGUGUGGCUCGGGGUAAUUAUUGCCCUGAUUGCUGUAGCUGCAUCUUGUGUGCAGGCGCAACCGGACGUAUGCUUAUCAGCUCCUUGCCAGAAUGGAGGAACAUGUGAUGCUCAAUUUGGUUCAUAUUCCUGUGAUUGUCGUCCAGGGUAUGAGGGUGUCCAUUGUGAACGUGAGACGAACUUUACAGCCUGCAGGAAUAAUGCUUGUCAAGGAAUGUCGGCAUGUGUCGCCGUGAAUGAUACCGUGUACUACUGUAUUUGUCCUCUUGGCGUCUAUGGCACCUAUUGCGAAUAUGGUUUUCCAGUGACUACCACUACACCAGAUCCGUGCUUAUCAUCACCGUGUCUUAAUAACGGUGUGUGUGUUAGGGAAGCAGACACAUUCCAUUGUGAAUGCGCGUACCAAUAUUAUGGAAGGUACUGCCAGUAUUACGGUAGUGACCCGUGCCUUUAUUUCCCCUGUUCCAACGGGGGAUCCUGUGUAACUCCAUAUGGACAAGCCAUCUGCUCUUGUCCACCGGGAUAUUCUGGGAUUUACUGCGAAGAAGUACCUGGUACUGAACACCCCUGUGACAGCGCACCUUGUCUGAAUGGAGGAAGUUGCACGGAGUAUGGAUAUUCUUUGUAUCUGUGCUCAUGUCCAGAGGACUACUACGGACCAAACUGCGGAAUUUUCUUAUCAGACCCCUGUGAGUCCUAUUUCUGUUAUAAUAGUGGAGAAUGCAGCGCAACAUUUGGAGUACCAUCGUGUACAUGUCCUUAUGGAUUUUACGGAGAGUUCUGUGAACGAGGUAACGAAGACUCGUGUUCAAGUGCGCCAUGCCUGAAUGGAGGAUCGUGUUAUCAGUCGUCUUUGCUCGGAGGUACAUACAUUUGCAUAUGUCAGGAAAUGUACCACGGUGAUCACUGUGAAAUCUCCGGUCCCGACCUGUGUAAGGAAUACAUAUGCGAGAAUGAAGGGACCUGUGUGAACCCUGACUAUUUCGAUCCUCUUGCGGCCACCGCACCGUAUUGCUUGUGUUCACCUGGAUUCACUGGUCCUCAAUGCGAAGAUGAAAUCAAUGGAGUUCAAUGCGGCGAUGAUGUAUGCUAUAAUGGCGGAUCCUGCGUUGUGUCGUAUGGAGGAGAGGCCUACUGUAAAUGUGCUCCUGGAUUUUUCGGCCAACAGUGCGAACAAGGUAUGGGUGUAUUCUUUUCCAUCCAAUCAUUAAAAAAAACAUAUAUCUGCUGCAAAGCUGAUAAUAUAUGCAGGCUAGAGAUUAAGAGAAAGACUUAUUUGUCCCGUCUUUACCAUAAUGUUAAAAUAAGUAAAUAACCCGUAAGAUUA